CGACGCGGCCACUUCUUAUUCGGGAAAUAUUCGAACUUGCGAUUUACUCGACCAGACUACAUUGAUUGAGGGAAGUCAAAGAAAAAGCCGUUUCUCUUGAAUCAUGGCACCUUCGGAGGAAUCCAUUCUAAGUAACUUUCUGCUCUCGCCGGCGCCACUGCCGACAGUCAUCUCCCUACAGAAAUUCACAGAGCUAUUUCCCAGGCGACUACGAGGUCAUCCCCUUAUUAGGACCUUGUACCGGGAGUUGCAGCAAGUCCGAGAACAUGACAUGGACCGGGUCAAUGAGAACAUUGACCAGGAGAUCCGUCAAGGCGAGCGACAGAAAGCCGAACUCCGCAAGGCCAGACGGGCCACAGGCGUCGAAGCUGCCAAUGAUGAGGAGCAGCGGGAGAUGGACGUGGAUCUGCAUCUGUUUGGCCAGAAUUUGACCACCGGUCCAGAUGAUUAUCAUUCGGUGGAUAGUCUUCUGGCGUCGAUGGAGACUGCCAGUGCCAACAUUGAGCGCGAGAUAGCCGAUAUUGAUCGGGAGGCUGCGACCCUACUGAAAGAACUCAAUACGACGGUUGGCGAUUUGAGUGAUCUUCGCUACGGUAAAUUGCAGGGACCAGCUGGCACUGCUAAUACGCUGGCUAGCGAGACCAUUCAAGGCCUGCAAAAUCUCGAAGAGGCCUGUUACAAGAGUAUGGGCUUUGGUCCUUCGUGAUUUGGCAAAAGCUUUGACCAUGGAAUAUAAACUGCUCCGGUUGAUCUGUUCAAUCUAUCUGGCCGAACUUGAUUUGAAUAUCUUGAUCGUCUAGGAUGCUGUUGCCCUGCAUAAGAAAGAUCGCCAAUGUGAACCUCUUGUCACGCUGCUGAAAUUGCUCAUUGAGAAUUUCGAAGGAACUCAUGCUUAGGACCAGAAUGCUCUGGAAUAUCGGACCAAUCCCGGAAGGGAAAUGCCUAGAGCUCCUCGAGACUUGUUUCCUAUGGCAGCCGCAUGGAAGAGUGUCUCCUCUGACUGCACAGAUGUGGUCUAAGAACAGAAGAUAUCAGUAUCUGUCUUGCGAUAUACGAACUAUUGCCUCGCCGAGAAGACGUCCUCGAGUGGCAUGUGGCAUAGGGGGGCCUCAUAAGAGACAAAAAGCAGGGCUAGCCUCCGAUAGUACACUAUCCUAU